AAUGGCUUCACUGCUGCAUAAGUUUUCCAAAAUGCAUACAAGUAUAAUUGCGUCUGCUAGUGCGUGCCGCAUCAACAGCAGUAAUAUAAGUCCUUCGCAUCGGGCAAUCUCACAACGCCCGCAGACGUUUGAGACUGAAAAACCGACCAUUAAUGCGGAGCGUAAACAUAACUUUGUGAGCACAAUACGCAAACAAUCAACAUUAGAAAUUCAGCCUGCUCAAUCCCAACCGCGUUUGACAAUGUCAAAGGACGAGAUCAACCAACAUUUGGCUGUUUAUCCAGAUGUUGUGGUUGAGCUUACUUCAAUAGCGGAUAGGUAUAAAUGCGAAGAUGCUGUAGAAUGGUUUCGAAAGGCUUUGGAGUACAAUUUAUCAUUGAGCAAUGCAAAAAAUGGUUUAAUUACAGUUCUAACUUACAAAAAUUUUGCCAAAGGUGAUGAAUUGAGCCCGGAGAAAAUUAGAUUGGCGCACUUACUUGGUUGUUGUGUCGAAUUGCUGCAUUGUGUACUCUUUAUUACCGAUGAUAUAGUGGAUAAUAGCACCACGAGACGUGGUAAGCCAUGUUGGUAUAUGGUAGAAGAAGUAGGCCUGAACUCCAUAAAUGAUUCGCUGAUGAUUGAAAACGGUAUCUAUGAAUUUCUUAAGAAUCAUUUUCGGCACUUGGAUUGUUAUGUUGAACUGCUCGAACUAUUUCAUGAAAACACGUUUAAAUGUAUAUGCGGCCAAUCGUUGGAUAUGAUCAUAAGUAGAAAUAAUGUCCUUACCUUCAAUAAGGAAACAUUCAAUACAAUUGUGUAUAAUAAAAGUUCCAGCAACUUUUUCUAUUUGCCCGUAGCGCUGGGUUUACGUUUGGCGGGCGUUAAGGAUAAAAAGGUCUACGAAGAAUGUGAAGCCAUUACUUUCGACUUGGCCACCCUCUGUCAAACACAAAAUGACUACCUCGAUUCAUUUGGUAAUCCGAACUUUACUGGCAAGAUCGGCACAGACAUACAGUCGAACAAAUGCUCCUGGUUGGCGGUGGUUUGCUUGGAAAUAGCUAACCCCGCACAGAGAGCUAUCAUGGAGGAAUGCUAUGGGAAAAGUGAUCCGCAGAAGACUGCCCGUGUUCAAGAGCUCUACGAAGAUUUGAAUAUGCCACGCAUCUAUGCCAAAUACGAAGACGAAACCUUCAACAAGCUCGAGCUGCGUAUUAACGAAGUAUCGAAUGUAGGACUGCGUGACACUUUGCUGGAGAUACUGACACAUGUCAUUCAAAGGGGAGUCAAAUAAACAGUAAAAUUACGUGCAUACAUACAUAGUAAUAAAGUUAAA